AUGCAGCAGACCUCCCGUUGCCUGUGGGUGGGCAGCCUGCGGCAGGACAUUGAUGAAGGGGUGUUUUUAGCGACGCUGAACAGGUUUGGCGAGGUGCUGAACAUUCAGCUGCGGCAAGCGCCCACCGGCCCCGACCGCUGGGCCCUAGUCACCUUUGCCCAGCCGCACUCGGCGCUGGCAGCCAUGCACAGCCUCAACCACCUGCACCUGCCCAACCUGACGCAUACCGAGCUGAAGAUCCGGUUGUGGGAUGAGCGCCCGCAGCAGCAACCGCCGCCGCCGCCGCCGCAGCAGCAGCAGCAGCCCUGGCGCCAAGACUCGGGGCAGCAGCACGCCGCCUGGGCGGACGCGGAAGACGAGGGGCAAGCGCCGGCGUCGGCUCCGGCACCGACCGCCAUGCGACGAACGGUUGGCGGGGGCUGGGUGGCUGAGGAGGAGGCGAGGGAUGAGGAGGACCCGCUUGUGGAGCUGUGGGUGGGCAACCUGCACAGCAGCGCCACGCGCCUGAGCGUGCGCAGAGCCUUCGAGUGCUUUGGCGAGGUGUCGAGCGUGCACCUGCAGCCCGCGCCGGGAGGCAGGGGCGUGCAGUUUGCGUUUGUGGAGCUGCCGGCCAGCGGCGCCGAGGUGGCGCUGGAGGAGCUGGAUGGGCGCAUGAUUUACGAGCUGACGGGGCACGACAUGCUGCUGAUGGUGAAGCAGUCCAAGCGCAGCCUGAAGCCCCUGCUCAAGUGGCAGCAGCGCAAGGAGCAGCGGCGGCAGCGGGACGGCGGAUGCGCCUCAGCCGCCCACGCCUCGGCAGCAGCUCUGCAGGUGCAGUGCGAGGACGGCAGCACCGCGGCGCUGCGAGGGGGGGUGCGGGAAGUGAAGAAUUAUGGCACCGUGAUGCGUGCGCGCCUGUUCACUGCACCCGGCUACCAGAACCCGUACUACUUUGCUGUCGUGGAGCUGGGGUCGGCAGCAGAGGCGCAGGCUGUGCACGAUGCGCUGCAGGCAAGGCGGUGGGCGGCUGGGCCGUGCUGUCCGGCUGCCUGUCGGCUGCCUGCCGCUGAUGCAGCCUCCUGGGCUGAGCCUGUCGUUUCACCGCAGGGCGCCACCCAUGUGCCCGAGCUCUGUGACUCCAAGCCGCUCAAGAUCCGCUAUGCGUGGCCCAGGCACCUGGUCCGGCCCGCCCCAGCCGGCGACGGUGCACCAGCCGAGGAAGAAGAGGAGCCGCCCGGGUUUGCUGCGCCGCUGGCCAAUGGUGGGAGCCACGCCGCGGCUGCGCAGGGCCAUGCCUCAGCCGGGGAGGAGUCGCAGGAGGGGCCCCCAGGCAACAGCAGCAGCAGCAGCAGCGCGGGCCGCCAGGCCGCCGCGCCUGCCGGCCCCGAGGAGCCGCUGUGCGCGGGGUGCGGCGCCAGCGCCUUUGUGGCCGUGCUCAAGCGCUGCAGCGGCUGCCGCUCAGUGCACUACUGCGGGCCGGCCUGCCAGCUGAAGCACUGGGAGGUGCAGCACCAGCACGACUGCUGCCGCCUGGCGCAGCUGGAGCGCCUGCUCACCCGGCAGCAGCCCGCGGGCCAAUCGGUGCCCGCCAGCGUCGCGACCCUGCUGCUGGCCGCGCUGCGCCAGCCGGGCGGGCGACAGGCACGCCUGGUGCAGGCAGCGCUGCAGCAGCAGGCGGACUCCUCGAGCAACAGCCAGGCGGCGUCAGCGGCUCUCUAG